AUGUCACCUUUAAUAGAACGUUGCUACCAAGUGUGUUGUUUCGUUGGGCAAUACGAUUGCAAUCAAAUUCUAGUUGGGAUGUGAAAUAACACGGAAUCCUUUAUUGUAAUGUAUCUCUUCUUGCAUAAUCCUUGUUUUGUCACUAUUGUUUAGAACUGACUGUCCCAAGAAACGUGAUGUUUUGAAUAUCAUUACCUCUGAAACGAUCAUGUCAAACUAUAACACUUAAGUAUUGAAUUUUUAGCCAGUGAUUCUUGUGUUUGUGACAAUAUAAUUUCUAGCUACCUUAAUAUUUGCAAUGUAGGCUGUGUUAUAUUUUAAUUAUUCCCCAACAUCAAGGGUACAUUUUUAAUAGAAUCAAGUAAAUAUUCAAUCAGUUGUUGUAGAUUCAUGAAAAGCUCUUAAUCUGUUCAGCUUUAACCUUAUGGGGCAAUGAUUAUUUCUUACAAGACAAGGAGCCCCUUUGCUAUUAAGUAAUUUUUGUUGAGUUCAGAAAUUUGAUAUCACAUAGUGUUUGACCACAGCAACAGUUUGACUCCCAGAGAGUUUACCAUUGUGGUUAAAUUUGAGUUUGCUUUCCGUAUUAACCUGACUGCUUUAGUUACACUUCUUAGUAUUUGGAUUUGGUCUGUUUCAGUCUUUGAGACUAACUUUAAAAUAUAGAAAAUGUUAUUCUAUUUUUGAAAGGUAGACAUAUUUAAUGUUUUAUUUUGAUUCAAACUAUUUCUUGAUAGUGCCUUUUAAGUAUGUUCUGUUUGUCAGGUAGUUUACCUUCAUUCGUGGAUUUUUUUUUCCUGUUCUUCUGUGGUUUUCCUUGAGGUGAAGGAUGUUGAGAUCAUCAUUUUCUGUUUCUAAUCAAAUGAAUUGUGAAAUGAAAUGUUUUGUAACCUUUGGUUUUAUAUGCCUUUGUUGCUGUUCAUGGUUUUAAAAAUUCAGUGGUGGAUUACAAAUAUUUAAUUUUUAAUUUGUCAAUUGUUUGCAGUCCCUUAGGUAACCCUAGUUACUAUUUAAACUUUACAAGAAGAUUUCAUAGUUUGAUUGUAGAUUAAAAUGUUUCAUGUUCUUGUUCAGGAGAACAUGGUUUCCAAGUAAACAGGGUCAUUGUAUAGCCUAAGGAAAAUUUCUCUGACUCAGGAUACAUGUCCACAAUGUACAUGCCCAUAGCAGCUCUUAAACUGGUAUUAUAUAUUUGUACUCCAGUGACUCUAUAAGCAAUGAGCAAUAUCAAAUACUGCAGAUUUAGAAACAUAUUCUCGUUACUCACUAAACUCAAACUGAAAUAACUUUCCAGGGGUUAAUAGCUAGAGUAAUGUGCUUUUUUAGAUCAAAAAACAUUUACACUGCCAGAUUUUCUUCGUCAAGUUUUUUUUAUAUAACAGUUAACUUAUGAGGAGAAAAUAUCAAGGAAAACUUGUCAAUGGAAUUUCUUCAUUAUGGAAAGUGUUCUAAAGUACUUGACAAGUUUUACCCCAUGAAAUCUCUGUAUAAACCAUAUCUAAACAUAAAGAGACUUAUAAGGGGAAAACUGAAAUUUUAUUGGAAUUUACACUUUCUCAGAAAACCUGACAAGGCAAAACAUUGUUUUGCAGAAUGCCUUUGCUACUUAAGAAUUUUUGGGACUUUAGAACUGCAAAGGUAUCUUGUAAACAGUUUUGUAAAAGAUGCUGCUUUUUAAAAAGAAUUAUAUUUUGCUGUAAGGGUAGUUUGAAUUGCUAUCCAACAUAAUGUGCAACAUAAUGUGCUCUUAGGUUUAAAACCUGUGUUUAACAGUUUUGUACAAGCAUAGACUUUUUUCAGAAAUGUGUUAUGCAGCUCAAGCUUGAGACUAUCCAUAACAAUACAGUUUCCAGACCAGUGGCUGAAUUCUUUUUCUAUAAAUUGGGCAUAAACAAGAGACAUCACUUUAAGACUUAGGGGAUUGAAGACCACAAACUCCAUAGUAAAUUCUCCAGAGUCCCUUGCUGAGGUCUGUAAUUUCUUAAAGAACAUUAGUCUGUAUAAAUUGGGAUAUCAUAUUUAUGAUUAGAUGACAUAACUGUUGUACCUUAAUCUCUCUGUUUAGGCUUUAGACAAGAAUUCUUUGUUACGCUGUGGACAGAGGGAUCCUGAUGCGGCUAUGCCCUUGGCAGGGCAUGGAAAGGGAGGAUUCUUUAGGAAUUCGGAAUAUUCGGGCUUGUUUGAUGAGCAAGACCCAGAGAAACUCUUCAUUGAUCUGAGAGAAAUUGGACAUGGCAGCUUUGGAGCAGUUUACUAUGUAAGUCUUCCAAAGUUCAAGGUUCUGUUUUGAUGUACAACUUCUACACAAUAUUGGUUCAUUAUCUAGAAAACAGGUGUUGAGAAUUUUAAAACUACUCAGCUGAAGAGUGUUACUUUUGUCUUAAUUAAACCUUGAUCCCUAUGUAAGUAACAGACAAAAGCUAUCCUCAACUUGUACUGUAAGGUUUGGUAAUUGCAUUUCAAGACACUUUAUAAAUGCUGAAAGGCUGUCUUGUCUUAAUAAAUUGCUUUUCAAAAUUUCACAAGCAGUUGAAUAAAAGCAGGUCAACAAGUUACCCUUGGUUGAGAAGGGUAUCAAUUAAUUGAAUUUAAAAUUUGAAACUUGUUGUCCUUAGGCCAAAAAUGUUAAAACUAAUGAGGUGGUGGCAAUCAAGAAGAUGUCCUAUAGUGGCAAACAGUCCAAUGAGGUAAGAAAAAACAGAUACAGUAUCAAGGAUUUAGUUCCUUAUUUCUAGACACUCAAUUCUUGAUACUCAAUACAUGAGCUUCAAGCCUCAAUUCUCAAUUAUCAAUCCACAAUCCUCAAUUCUUGAUGGCUUUGAGGACUGAGUUUUGAAUCAACACUGUCAACUUUCUUUUGAGUGGUACUCUACAUGUGCAAGUAAGUACUCUCUUUACAGGGAGGGAGGGACAAAACCUUCAUUAUAAGCACAGAUUUAUAAUCAUUUACACAUAUGCUAAGACUUACUCCCAAUUAUAUCAGUAAAGAAUGGGAAUCCUUACUCGUUUAAUCUUACACAUUUUAAAAAAUGACCCAUGGCAUUCAGAUGACACUUUCAAAUGCAUGCAGUUGUGCAUAUUUGAAAUUUUCCAAAACUGUGAAUACUACCCUUAAUUUUACAUUAUAGGUGAAAUUUCUAAUGCAGCUGUUAUCUCUUAUGAAUAUUGUAGAAAUGGCAAGACAUUGUGAAAGAAGUUAAAUUUCUAAAGCUCUGUAGCCACAAGAACACCAUUAGCUACAAGGGAUGUCAUUUAAAGGAGCAUACAGCAUGGGUAGGUUGUUAAACAUACAUGUAGGUCUUGGUGAGGCCACAACUAGGUGAUUGCAAUAUUUAUUUUAAAUAUGGAAAGAAAUAUUCUUCAAACAUAUGCAAAACGCACAAGGUAUUUAUACCGCGAAUCUUGCCUUGAACAGAAAAGUUUUCACACCUUUCCUCUUGUCUUUGAUUGCAAAGUAAUCUAAAGAAGUGUUUGUAAAUAGAAGUACUACAAAUAUAUUUAUUCAGAUGUUAAUUAUGUCCUUUUCCCAUCUUUUAGCUUGUUAUGGAGUAUUGUGUUGGUUCAACUUCAGAUAUUUUAGAAGGUAUGUUGAAUGGUUUUUUUCUAUGAUUGACUCUGGUUCAUAACAUACAAAAUCUUGCAAAUUUGGAUAAUACUAUGUAAACAUAUCAUAGUGGGAACAUUUCUUUGUUCAUUUCAGUGUAGCUGGAAAUGUUAUAAGCUAAUUCAAUUUGAAUGUUCUUUUUUUUAUACAGUUCACAAGAAACCACUUAGAGAAGUAGAGAUUGCUGCAAUAUGCCAAGAUGCUUUGCAGGUAAGCAUGUUACAUCAACAGAGUGGUAUCAUUAAAAUUGCCCAGAUAUUUGUUCAUUGUUUUGUUUAUCUAGGUCAUUAAUGUUCCAUGUUAAAGCUUUUAAGCUGUUGAUGAUUCUCACAAAUCAUUAAGUUUUGGUUUGUUUGUUUUAGGGUCUAAGAUAUCUGCACAGAAAUGGAAGAAUUCAUAGGGAUGUGAAAGGUAAAUGAGAAGUAAUUCUUUUUUUAGAUUUUAAGACUUUAAAAACUGAUUGAUUUUCUUAGUUUGUAUCACUUGAUGCUGAGGAAACAGGUUCAGAUAAUUUAGGCAGAACUGACUCUUUUUCUUGCAUGUUUACAUUAAAGCUGGAAAUGUUCUUUUGACUGAAGAUGGAACAGUCAAGUUAGGUGAGUUGUACCUUAUUUUCUUUCUCUGUAAACAUUUGUCCUUUACAUUUGAUGUAAAUAAUAAGUAAGUAAACUAUUUUCAUUUUUUUCUUCAGCUGAUUUUGGUUCAGCAGCUCUAGCAGCUCCAGCAAAUUCUUUUGUGGGCACACCAUAUUGGUAAGGAAUUUAAGCCAGCUUGUUAUAUGGCCUCUGUUUUCCAGUGUAUAGUAUUACUAACUUCUCAACCUUUCAUUGAUUCCAUGAAGUUGUUGUAUGUGUUGUGGUUCAAUUUUAUCCUUGGUUCAAAUUUUGUUUUCCUUUGUUUCAAACUCAUAAUCAUACAUUACAAUACCCAAAAAGGAAAGAAAAUAAAAUUUGAACCAAGGAUAGAAUUGAACCACAACAUAUGUAAGGCCUGUCAUGAGAUUUUUUUCCCACUCUAGAAGUGCCUGUAUGGCUCCCUGUAUCUGUAUCUUCCAUAUUGCUCUCUGCUCCUGCUCCCUUUUUCUGAAGACUUAUAAUUGUAAUCCAGCCUUAAAGAUAAAUAUGUGUCAGCAUACAUAAUGUGGACAAGACACAUAUUGAUAUAGUUUCACUCUUUGCUAGGAUGGCUCCUGAAGUUAUCUUAGCCAUGGAUGAAGGACAGUAUGAUGGAAAGGUACCCACAUUUCUUUGCUGGCAAAGUUAUGAGAAUUUCUGGAGCUAUCUAAACAAAAAUAUAAUUUAUUGGUUGGGAAAUUAAUUCACUGAUAACUCAUGGAAGGUCAAACGUAUUUCCCCACUCGUUUGAACAAAAUUUAAAGUGAUUUCCUUAUGAGAUUUUCAACCUUAGAUUAACUGGAAACUUUGUCAAUAAAAAACUGGGAACCUACAUGAAGAUCAAUUGUCAUGUCUUCUAGAUUGUGCACUGUAUGCUUCCAACAUUAGCAAUGAUUAUGAUAACUUUUUUGGUUUUUACAAAAGGAAGGGUCAUGUCAAUAUUAUUGUUAUCUGGUGUAAAGUUUAUUGCAUACUUUACAUUUUCCCUUUUUUUUUAAUGGAAUGUUGUUUCCAAACUGCAUGCACACGACUGUUUUUGCUAAUGCUGGGUUUACUCCCUUAGGUGGAUGUGUGGUCAUUAGGAAUCACAUGUGUUGAACUAGGUAUGUUCUUGAUUUGUUGGCAAGGUUUAUAGUGUAUUGCUUGGUAAAUCAGACGACCUUUACAUAAGUGGAACACAUCUGUAAUGGAAUUGCAGUGAUAUAAAAUUUUUGUAUGGCCACACUGCUAUAUCCACCAAUGAUGUGAUAUUUGUUAAUGCUGAUAUCAUGUACAUUUCGUAUUUCAGACAACAGUAAUGUAGAUAAUACAUAAUGUGCCUUUAAAUUUUUUUUAGCUGAGAGAAAGCCACCUCUUUUCAACAUGAAUGCCAUGAGUGCUCUCUAUCACAUUGCUCAGAAUGACCCACCAAUGCUUUCUACUCCAGAUAACUGGUAAGUUGAACAACACUAAUUGUUGAAGUAUUUGUGAAUGCACCUGUGGAAGACAUAGGUGUUGCCAUUAUUUGAAUGUAAUGCUUAAUUCCCCUAGCAAUGGAUGGGUAGGGUGAAGGAUUUGUCAGUUUUUUUUUUUUUUUGAGCUUAUGCAGAUGUAGUAAUAAAUGUACAUUGUGUCCUCCAAGGUAGUUAUUUCAAAUUUCAGGUCUAAUUUAUUUAUUUUUUCAUCUUUUAAUUUUAGGAGUGCAAGCUUUGUUGAGUUUGUUCAGCUAUGCUUGAAGAAGCAACCAGCUGAAAGACCCACAGCAGAAGAUCUUCUACAAGUAAGUUACUGGAGUGUGAUUAAAUAUGUUUCUUAACUGUACAUUUUAAAGAGCUUGGAAUAUGUGAAGUAUGAGAAAUGCCUGAAGAAUUCUGCAUUUUGACAAGGAAAAUGUUACGGUGGGAUCAGGUCAAUAAAAGGUACUUGUAGGGUUUUUUGUCAUGUUCAAUACAUAUCUGAUACGAUAAAUUGUGUUUUUUGUUGUUGUCCAGCAUCCAUUUGUAUCCCAACCAAGACCCACAGGCAUCCUCCUUGAGCUGAUUGAGCGAACAAAACAGGCUGUAAGGGCCCUUGACAACAUGAAUUACCGCAAAAUGAAGAAGAUGAUUAUGGGGGAUCCUACGGGAGAGUUAAGUGAAGAAGGUGACAGUUCUAUUGCAGAGACAGAAGAUGAUGAUGACAAGUCAGAAGCAGUAAGUUACUGUCAAAUUUGCAUGUUCGUUUCUUUCCAUGUCUUUCUGUAGUUGAUCUUGGUAGAGAAUUUACUUUGGAAAGUGAAAGCUUACCACAACUUGUAAUCAGGCAUUUCUCAAUGAUGGACACUAUUUGUGUAACAAAAUGUGAAUUGAACUUUUGGGCUUAAAUAUGGUUCUUUUCUGUUUUUGCACUGAAAGCAUUUUUUGAAAUAGUAUUGCACAAAACCAACCCUUACAUUGAUUAGCGCUUUGUGUAGCUUUUACCUCAUAAAUAUCAAGGGUGCAGAGAAUUGAUAAAAAAAUACAUCGAAAAUGCAUUAAGGCAGAGGACACAGAAGACACAUGAGUAAGCAUUUUUUUUUUUUUUUUUCAAAUAUGGACAAUACAAACUCACACCAUGGCUUGGUAAGAAAAAUGACUGAACAAAGAAUCAAGUGUUAACACCGUUGUGGUUUUGUGAGAAUGAAACAAAUUAUCUUAAAAUAUGAUAGAGAGACUUCUAUAGAGAAGAUCUGAUUCCUUACUGAUAGUUAAACCUGUGUUUCACUGCUUAUUGUUUGGGAGGGUCAUGUCAAGCCAUUUGCUGGCAUUUGCAAGACAUCCACUGCCCUUCCCUUCCCUGUCUUCUUCACUCAUCUCCAUGGACGAAAAAUCUGCAAUAAGCUGCGAUGUUGAUAUACAUAAUGAUUUAUAAAGGGUGUUAUGCAUCUUUAUACAUUUCUGUGACAUAAUCUCAACUCAAAACAGUUUGUAAGAAAUACUAUAAAGAUAGAGAGUGGUGGAGCUUGAUUUCUGCCUUUUCAUGAGUGGGGAGAGACAUAGGCCAAUCUCUGGGAUGCAGGUUGAUUCUUGAGCCUAGGCAACGGCAAGAUAAAGUUAGAACUAGUGCUUUUCAAUUAAAUUCCUUUUUUUAAAUAAAAAGAGAUAAUUUAACAUGAGAAAAGGGAAGAGUAAUUGUAAAAUGAAGUAGCAAGAUGAUGGUGUAGUUUUCAGGUGUAUGAUCAGAAUUGAGCAAAAUGAUACUGGUAGAGUGCUGUACUCAGUUGAAUUGAGAAUCUUCUCCCCUAUCAGUUAACAGAGAUUGUUUAUUAGAAUCUUCAGCCUACUAAAGGUCCUCUGUGUGUCUCUCCUAUGUAUGUAAACCUUAGUCUCUAUUCAUUGUUCCCACGUCCGCAUGCCAUGUAAACUUUGAUGGGGUGUUGGAGGAAGGGGAUGGCCCUUCGGCAUCUGAGGACAGCUUGGCCUUCUCUGAAGACUCCUUAUCUUCGUCAUCGUCAUUUCUUCACUUCAGAUCUUCACAGGUUCUGUCUGCACAUCUGUUGUAUGCACAUCCAAACCUUCGUCUAAUUCUGUCAUUGCAUUCUUCUCAUCUCAUCAUCAUUGUUGUCAUUGUGACUACAUGUCUCAUUGUUUUAGCAAAGAGAAAAAGAAUCCUUUUAUAAAAUUUGUGCUGGUCAAACAUCCAGUUAACCAUGGUUUUUAUCAUAGUCAGUCAUUUGAAAAUGAAUCUUUUAGACACAAGAAAGGGCUCUCUUAUUGUCUUAAACAAUCCAGGAAGAAUUCUUUAUCUGCUUCCUUACAUCAGACGUGUUACCACAAAUGCUUCCCGUUACAUAUGUGAUACUGCUCAGUUUUCGUAAGUCCCUCAGAAAAUGAUCACAUUGCACACUCAAAGCAUCUGAAGCUAUACCUGUUUAUGUUGAGUUAACAACCAUUAACAACCAGAAUACUCUUAUUUUCAUUACCUGUACUUGUGUCUUUUGUGUUGCACAUUACUCAUCAGUGACAGUUCUCUUAUCACUUCACAUUCUAAUUCCUGGUCAUGCUCUGUUCAGUUGAACAUGUUUGACUUAAAUAAUUCUGUUACUUAACUUUUUUUACUGUCAUUUACCCAUAAAACUUUCCAAAUCUUGAAACCUUUAAGCAUUCUGUUAAUGUUAAACUAGAAAGCUAGAUGGUUAAACGGACAAGCUUCUUAUAUGUUUUCAGUAAUUGUACGAUUGUGAGAGUAAGGCUUGAAUAGUCUCUCUUGAAGAAUAUUUUUUGUCCAAAUUAAACCUCCUCUCUUUCCUCUUUACCUUCUGUGAAGCUUUUCUCUCGUGAACAAUGUAUUACUUUUAUAGGAGAGUAAUCACCUGUUUGUGUAAUUUUACCUCCCUUUUAGAGCGCCGAGAUGGAUAAGAACAAGAAAGCGAGUGUGAGCAGCACAGCUAGUGUUGCUAGCAGCACGGACAGUAUACAAGGACCCGAGCAAGAUAAUGAUACAGCUGCGGCUGGAAUUUCAUCGUUUGCUGCUUCGUCUAUCAGUGUUAGUGGUUUCUCGUAUUAUGUUUUGGAGAGGGGAGGAGUUUGUACACUUAUUGAGUUGAUAAAAUCUUGUUAGAUAUCACAUCAACUACUUUUAGUUACUUUUUCUUGUAGCAAAUUAACUUUAGUAUGAUUAAUGCUUUUCCUCAAAAAUAUUUUUUGCAAACUUUGUUAUCCAAGCAAAACUGUUUCAUCAUUAACAAACCAGUUUUAUAGGGGUAAAUAGAUUGUGACACAUUACCUUCCAGCCGAAAGUCAGGCCACAUGAGGACAUGAUUCGGUUUCACUAAUGUGAUACUUUCCUCCUUCCUGAUAUAGUUUUGUUAUGAUAUUUACGUUUGAUGUGGUAUACAUUUAAUUCACUUCGCUUAGGGCGACUAACUGCAAAUCACCAUUCCAGAUAAUUAAUCAGAAUAUUCAGUGUCUUGAUCACUUAAAAUUGACAUUUUGUUCCUUCUCUUUUCAGUUGCAACAACAUCGUGAAGACGAUGACAGGUUUGCUACCAUUCGCCCGCAAAACCUGAUCGCCCGACAGCACCAGGAGCAUAACAGGCAGGGUGAUGAAAUGAGGGAUCAGCUGGAAGUGUACAAGAAGCUCAGGCAGACUCAUCAGAGGGAAGUACUUGUACUGGAAAGCAGGCUACAGAUGGAAAUGAAUGAUCACCGCAGGAAUCUUGAUAAGGAAUAUGAUCAGCAGGUACUGUUUAUAUACUGUACAUAUCUUGAUGAGGGCGGGUGAAUGUGCAGGUAGCGAAAAUUACGAAACUCCUCGACUUGGAGAUGUUGUCUUAAUGGGCGAGAACAUUCUCCGACCUGACACUCGAGGAAAUUAAAUACAUCGAGAUAAUAGCGUUGAAACUGAAAGGUUAAUCACAAGCCAUCACUGAGCAGCUCAUUAAGUUCGGUUCAAGGCUUUGUUUUGUUUUCUUUUAAAGUGUAUGGCAUGAACUUGUGUGUUCUUGUUUAUAAGGUACACCAGUUUGAAAGAGACUUAGAAAAACUACGGACCAGACACAAGACUGAAAUGGAACAAAAGCUGAAACAGAUGUCAGCAGACGAGAGGAGGUUACUGAAACACAUCAAAGAUAAACACGACAACGACAUGAAAAUGUUUCUUUCCGAUCAGAAGGCGGCGUACAAAGCGGCUAAGAACCAGUUUAAAAAAGUGAGUGUGUUAUCCUUUUGCUGAAGCAACACUUUAGGAUGAUCAAUUCUUUGAUUAAUAGAAACUGGUGUUCUUUCGUCUAACUAAUCAAAGCGUUUGUUUUAACUUGCUAUUGCAGGAUCAGAGCAACCGUAUGUCUUAUCAAGGCCAGAAGAAUUCAUUACAUGACCGGCAAGAGAGAGCGCUGCGAGAAAAAGUGCACGAACAUGAAAUUGUGCGCAAUGCUGAACUAAGAAAGUUCCGCCGCGAACAACUCCUGCAGCGACAGAACUUGGAAAAAGUGUUACUUACCGAGGUACGAGCUCUGCGUUGUAGGGCAUUUUAUACCUGGGAAUAGAAUCUUCUCCGAAUGGCGACAGGAGAUUAAAGCCACUUGUCUAAAAACUCUACUGGGAAUCUGCAAUAGUAUACAGAUGAACAUUUUUUUACUAGCAACUCGAGCAAAAUUUAAUUCAGCUAGGUUUUGGCUCAGCGGAGGAAAUGUUAUUUUAAAUUGGAAAGAGAAAAAAAAGAUUCGUUUGUUUGUAAGGGGUAUGUGUUGUACUCCUAUUCAUAAAAAAAAAAGUCUGUGAAGAAGAACAUCUUCAGUCCUUCAUUUCUUCGAUAAUUUAUUGAUUUGAUUCAGAAAUUUUCAUCAUCUACAUGUACGAUCUGAGACACGAUUUUUCUCGUCACGGACGAGUAAAAAGUUGGUAGUCACACAACUUUUAUUCCUGUAAUCUUAAUGUACGAUUCAGAGGUGAUACUCUAAGGAGAUAUAAGAUGCUGGUCACUCUUCGGAGUUAAAGGGUUAACAGUCUCGUGAUGAGGUGCUGAUGGUAAAUUGACUAUAACAUUAUAGGAGAUGAACAAGCUGAAUGAGCAGAAGGAAUUGUCGCACAUGAUGUUGAUAAGACAUCAUGAAUGUACUCAGGACAUGGAGUUCAGACACUUGAGCUCAGUACACAGACUGAGACGAGAUCAGCAGCAGAACCAGCACCAAACAGAGUGGAACAGUCAAGUGGAAUACAACAAACGGGUCGAGAUGGAACUUAGAAAGAGACAUUUGUUUGAACUCAAAAUGCAGCCAAAAACUCUCAAGGUAAGAGGGAUUUUAACUACAGGCGCUGAGAGCUAGCUAGAAAUUAAUAGGCGUGCCUCGAGGCGAAUAAUCCGCGCUCGCCUGGACUGCAUCGUGUCAUUCAUAGAAAAGAGACAGAACGCUACUACUGCAUGUUACAUUUUAUGCGGUGAGGGAUAUUUAUACGAGUGAAGGUAGGGAAUGUUAAAUGCUGAUGUUGGUGGCAACUAUGUUUGGUAAUAUAAACCGAAACUUACGUGUGCUUUCACGAAGAUGUGUCGCAAACAGUUCAACAUACUGACCGCUCAGGUGCAGUGAUCAACACCCCGACCGCUCAAGUAUGUGCGCUAACGAAGAAUUUGUUUACUUCCAGGCGCGCGAAAUGCACAUCAAGAAGCAAUACAGAAACGCGAUAAAGACACAGACGCUACAGUAUAAAGCUCUGCAGAAACAAAUAUUGGAGAAAGCGCCAAGGGAAAAGCACAAGGAACUCACCAAGCAACUGCGCGAGGAGAAGAUGAGAAAGAUGGCAGAUCUCUCCCUUCAGUACGAUCAGAGCAUUUCUGAGAUGUUGCAGAGACAAACGGUAAGUUUGUAAUAGUCGAAUGGUCAAUGAUUUUGAGGGGGCUACUCAUUUCUAUUUGGCCGAAACCCUGACGCUUAAAUGAACUCGCUAAAGAACGCAUUUCGAGCGAGUUUUGUUAAAGCAAAAACAAAGAAUUACAAUAGCCGAUCAGAACGAGCUAAGGCAUCACCAAGAAUCAAGUAGUAACCAAAGAAAAAAUAAGCGAACGACGAAGUUCGAUUGGUUUAGUUCUACAUCAGAGCGGUUGAAAGGAUGACGCGAGUCUUCUAGAUUGAUUUUGGAGCGAACUAAGGCAAAAAGUUUAAUCCUGGAUAACGAUCGGCACCCACUUGACAAUUGCUCUAAAAUAUGCGGCUGAGGGAUAACUUGUUUCUCGUGUCCUUUCAAUCUUCGAAUCUUAGCGCUUUAUAUCCUGGUAACUGAUAUUUUGAUUCCUUUUGCUACCCAGUUGAAGCUAGACGAAGACCAAGUGCGCGAACAGGAAAAUCUACGGGUCAAGCUGCAACAGGAGCAGGAGUUACUGAGCGCCUACCAGAGUAAACAGACCAUGCAACUAAGGGCCCAGCACGAGCGCGAAGAGAAGGACCUACAGGAAAAGGUCUCGGUUAGAAGGGCCCUUCUGGAAGAAAAGGUAUCUCGCCUGCUCAUGCGUUGUGUAUUCAUGGAAUCUAUUCAUCCAACGAAUCUACCAUACCAGCUCAUAAUGAAAGUUUAUUGUGACAGAGAUCGAAGGCUAUCCCUUCUUUAGUACAUUUUGUCAACGUAGAUAGAUCCCAAAUUAUGAAAAAGAGUUAAUUUAAUUGCUUAUAUGAUACUGGAAAUGCGCACCCUCUGAUUGAUCGAGUUACGUCAUAUCUUGCCAUAAUCGUUCUGCGUGAGGUGAUAAUAUACUAAAGCCACUGAUUCCAAAAAUGGCUUGCGCGCGAUUUUUAUCGACUCUGAUGAAAAUGAGAGAAAAUACAGUUGAUCUGAUAAGGACCUGAGUAGUUAUGCUCAGUGCAUGAUUGAUGAACUAAAGUUUCUCUAUAAAUAAUGCCGUGUCAGUUUUUAAAAGCAAUCAGAUACCCUUGUUAUGCGUUUUCUAAAACCAAUUUAAGUCUGUCUGGUAACGAAGUUGUUCAAGGGUGGUGUGUCUUGUUAUCUUUGGGUUACUUGGAUGGCUGGAAUUGAAAUUAUAGAUUUCUAAGGGCUGCUUCUAACCUAGAUUUUUUUUUUUAUAAGAUGUUUCAAGAGACAACUCGCCUGCAGGACUUUAGAACGCAAAAGCAGGAGGAGCUAGAACUCAAGCACGUCAAGGAGCUGGAAGAUUUUGACACUAACUCUAGUAUGGGUAGUAGUGGGUCGAACACGCUCUCGUUGAAACACAGGAGUACCAGCAGUAUUAGUACUGUGAGUAACUCCAGCACGUCAAGCACAAGAAGCACAGAGAACAACGGCACCGUGGUGCAACAGCAGACCAAUGACGAGAGGCUACAGGUCAGCGCUGGCCCCUUGCGGGUGUAACCAGCUGCAGUGUAGGACGAUAUGUCCUUUUCAUUACAUGAAGUAUACUGCGUAAUUAAUACUCACUAGAGACCGGCUUCACGGUGGCGGAAAUGAAAAGGAAAUGUUAUUAUAUUCAAAGUCUUAAUGGAAUAUAUUGAGCGUGGUUCCUCAGGGUCUCGUCCACGAGACAAUCACGCAUAGUUCAUGUCUUUGCGCGGUAUCCGCGCGUGUAUGCGGCAGGGAUGAAACUUAGCCUCUUUGCAAAUGCUUCUGUGUUUUGUAACAAGUCAAGGAGAGCGCAUAAUGUUCUUAUUGUGACUUUAAGACACGUUAUCUUCAAGUGGAGUUAAAUUCGGCGAGGAGUUCUGUAUUGAGAACAGCGCGGUCUAUAAAAAUUCAUUUUUGUGAGCGUUUCUCAUGGACGGUGCAACGGGCAGAUUGUUUUAUUACCUCUGCUGUUCUUGUGUCUUUGUGGUUCGACUGUGCAUUCCUACCGUUUCGUUUCUCAAAUAUGAAGUCAACGUGGGUCGCUGUACUGAAGCAUGGCAGAUGGAGAAGGGACUUUGGACCUGUCAAGAAGUCACCGUAUUUCGGAGCUUAUUCCAUGAAGUUUUCACGAUUACAAGAGAUAAUUUCCUGCAAGUCACUAGUAAGAGUGAUAAUUGCGUUUUUAAGAAAGAGCUCUCACGACUUGCGCCAGAUAUAUGUUGUCUAUUUUUGUAUAAUAUCCAAAGGGUUUGUUCGAUAUUUGCUUAUAUCUGUUUUUCUCUCUUCUUUUAUUGUUAGCUUUGAUUGUUCAUUGUUUGUCUUAAUUUUCGAUGCAUCAUUUGAGAAGUGUUCGUUGCCUUUUGGAGACCCUGUCAUCUUAAAAUCUCAUGCCUUGGGUUGACACUUGACGCGGAGUGUUUAAGGUGUACGAAUUCCCCUCAUGAUGAGGCAUAACAAAGACCUUUUUCUCAGAAAUUAGAGAUCUAAGAUAAAUGUUCGAAAAAGAAAAAACCCUGUAUCAACAGGUGUCUGUUCUUCAUGAUUUGACUAAAAUGUGGAGUAUUUGAUGAAUUGAUCAUUAAAGGAAAAUGUAUUAUUAUAUUUCAAAAUUAUGAAGUUUUGUCUAUUCACAAUUACAAUGAAGUCCGGAAAUUUUUUUGUCGUCUACAUCAGGGCUUUUGCAGGGUAAAUAUUUCCUGUGAAUUUAAAAGCAGUCAAGGCUGACAAAUCAAAAGAGAAGUUCAAUCAGUGAACAGUGUAGGAAUAAACUUAACUAUGUCUCACCCAACCGGGUCUGAUAGUUCAAAAUACGACGAAAGUUAAUCCAGUAUUGGAUGUCGACAACUUUGUCAGUUUUACAUUUCCCAUCGCCUAUUUCACCAUGCAGUUUUAGAUAAGGAAAUCACUGUCGUUCAAAAUCAACAGCAUAGCCUAGCAAAUGAUCUGCAAAUAGUUGUGGUAAACAGAAGAAUUUAGCGCACUUAAUAUUUUUGAAACGCAUUCUUGCGAUUAUUUCGUAGACUUGAGAGUUUUCAAUAGGUUCUUUGAGCAGCGCCAUUCUUAUUAGAUUAACAUUCCCAAUGACAAGUGCUCACCAUAAAUGUAUGGUGAAACUGUGAAGGUAACUUCUGAGUCGAUUCAUGCGAGUGAGACAAAAAAACGGAGAGAAUACAAAUCGCUCAUUUAAAAUUCUUGGAUCAGCACCAUAGUAUUUUGAACUACCAGGCCCGAUUUGUCAUAUUUUUUGAGAACAAGUUAUGUUAUCAUCUUCCCCUUAAACAAAAAGUUUAAAAAAAAAGCAAGGUUACAAUUGAGUUGUCAUACUUUUUUGGCAUUGAAUAAUCUCUCUCUGUUUCUUAUUAGUGGAAGUUAGUUUUAAUGAAGAAAGGAUAGUUAUUAACAAUUUACUGCCUUGAAAGUCGUGCGUAUUUAAGUUAAUGAUAAGCGGUAUCAUUUUGCUGUAGCUUGUCCACGUUGUUAUCCUCAAAGACAGUUCAUUGAUUUGUAAAUACCUAGUCACGGGGACUUCGAAGUUUUCUUUUUUUCCCUUUGGAUGCAGGUACGAAGUUGCUGUCUCUUUUCUUGUUAAAUUCCUUAACAGAAGUCAACAGUGUCAAGAUGCUGUCAUCUGCAUGUAAAUAUUUUAAGCCAAUGAAUUUGAAUUAUUAACUGAAAGUAGGCAAUAAAGAUUUUAUUUCAUCCG